AUGUCCCACGCUUUAAAGCAAGUGUUCAAUAAAGACAAAACCUUCCAGCCCAAGUGCAAGUUUGAGCCGGGGACUCAGCUGUUCGAGCUGCACAAGAAGGCUCAGGCCUCGCAAAACGCUGGCCUGGACUUGAAAGUGGCCAUCCAGCUGCCGCCGGGAGAGGAGCCGAAAGACUGGGUGGCCGUGCAUGUGGUGGACUUCUUCAACCGCAUCAACCUGAUCUACGGCACCAUCAGUGACUAUUGCACAGAGCAGUCCUGCCCCAUCAUGUCGGGGGGCCCAAAGUACGAGUACCAAUGGCAGGACGAGCACGAGUACCGAAAACUCACGGCCCUGUCUGCUCCCCAGUACAUGAACCUCCAGAUGGACUGGAUUGAGGUACAGAUCGGCAACGAGGACAUCUUUCCCACGAAUGCUGGUGAGCCCUGCCCCAGCCUGGACCCCCCCUCCCAGCGUGUCCUCCCACUCCCGGGGCGCCCGCAGCUAGCCGGGCCCCCCCCCCCCAGCGUGUCCUCCCACUCCCGGGGCGCCCGCAGCUAG